AUGCUCUCACGUGUUGCUGCUGUGAAGGCACCCCGCACACACAACCGUCGCCGCGUGACCGGAUCCAGCGGAAGGAGGAGGGAAGGAAGAGAGAGUGAGCCGCAGAGGCCUAACAUGUCCCGGCAUGUGUUUGCUUCCGCUGUGCUGCUCCUCGUUAUGAUGAUGUGCUGCGCCACCUGUGGAGCUACGUCUGCAAACGAGGAAGAUGGCAAGAAUGAUUUAAUAAAUAUUCAGAAUUUGCAGAGGGUCGAUCUAUUUGUGCCACAGAAGACGCCGGUGCUGCCGAAGGAUGGGAUUGUUCCAGGUACGCCGAGGGAUUCAUUUGUUUCACCCUCUCUCGUCAGUGCUGGUGGAGUAAUUGCUGCUUUCGCCGAAGGUCACAUGAAUGCCGAAUAUCAAGUUGGUCAAAGAAUUAAGUUGUUUUCUUCUGAUGUGGUUGCGGAGUACUUCGACUCUGUGUGGGAUUGGCCCACUCUUGUUGAAAAGGUUAAUGAAGGUACAUGGAGGGCACACACCGUGCUUGGUAAAGCGGAGGUAAAUGAUCGUGUGGGUGUUGUGUUCCACCCCACAACAAUCGCGAAGGGCAAUAAGGUGUUUCUUCUUGUCGGAAGCUCUGACGUUUUCUAUGAAAAUGAGGAGUGGGGUCGUGUCGACUUGGAGCUGACACUUGUUGUGGGUGAUGUCACGCCGUCCACGCGCGGCGAGCAGGGUGGACGGAUUAAAUGGGGUGACCCAAGACCGCUGUUCGAUUCGGAAUAUUCAUUGAAGCACAAAAGUAAAUUGAAUACCUUUUUUCCUUCUGGUGGCUCAGGUGUUCUGAUGGAGGAUGGCACUCUCGUGUUUUCUCUGGUGGCGAUGAAGGAAAACCCAAAUGAAGCUUUUUACACGAUUGUCUAUUCGAAGAAUGGUGGCGAAAACUGGUCGCUCUCAGAGGGUAUGUCUCCUCCCAAGUGCUAUAACCCCCGCGUCACCGAAUGGGAGGGAACACUUCUCAUGAUUGUUGACUGCGAGGAUGGCCAGAGGGUGUACGAGUCGCGUGACAUGGGGACAACGUGGACGGAGGCCAUCGGGAAACUCUUGGGCGUGUGGGCCAAGCCACGAUCAGUCUUUUGGGAUCCGAUCUUGCGUGUGGAUGCCCUCAUCACCGCGAAUAUUGGGGGAAGGAAGGUCAUGCUGUACACUCAGAGAGGGCACGCCUCGGGGGAAAAUAAGGCCAAUCCGCUCUAUCUUUGGGUCACGGAUAACAACCGCUCGUUUUGUGUUGGACCUGUUGCCAUGGAGGAGGCUGCUGUGAGGUGGGAGCUCGCCAGCACCCUGCUGUACUCGGAUGGCAAGUUGCAUCUUUUACAACGGAGGGGCAGUGGUGAACACAGUGCCAUUUCACUCUCUCGCAUGACGGAGGAACUGAAGGAAAUUGGGUCCGUCCUCAGCACUUGGUCGCAAAAGGACGUUUUCUUUUCCAGCUUUUCUAUACCCACGGCGGGUCUGGUGGCAGUUUUGUCCGAUGCGGCCGGUGAUGGGAGGUGGAUCGACGAGUACCUUUGCCUGAAUGCAACGGUGAGGAACGCAAAGAAGGUCAAGGAUGGGGUUCAGUUGACGGAGCCUGACUCCAGGGUAAUGUGGCGUGUGAACACUCGGGGUGAUAAUGUGCGUCAUAUAUCCUUGAGCCACAACUUCACACUUGUGGCGUCGGUAACCAUCGAAGAGGCUCCGAGUGAGAACACUCCUCUCCUGACCGCGGUUUUGGUUGACACUUGGCCCCCGUAUAUCAUGAGACUGUCGUACACCGCGGAUAACAAGUGGGAGACAAUUUUCAAAGACGAUAAAAAACCAACAACGGAAAGCAGGCCUUGGGAGCCGAAGAAAGAACACCAAGUGGCACUCAUGCUGCAAGGCAACAAGGCCUCUGUGUACAUUGAUGGUAAGUCGCUGGGGGAGGAAGAAGCGCUGUCAACAGAUGAGAGGCCACCUGAUGUCCUGAGGUUUUGCUUUGGCACGUGCGACAUUGAUGAUGGUGAUGAGGAGGAGGAGGCCAGUCCGGAGAAGCCCAUUACGAAGGAGAUCGGCAAAGAACCUCGUUUGACGGUGACGAACGUCUUUCUGUACAACCGCCCACUGAAUCCCACUGAGAUGACCGCAAUCAAGGAAAGGAUCCCCGUUUUGGCAAGAGGCCCGGAAUCGCAAGCGGGAGAUGUUCCUCAAACCAUCGCAUCUGCUGGAUCUGCGGUGCCUGGCCCACUGGAAGUACCAGCAGCACCGGCGGGGAGAACCGCCAAUACCCAACAUGCGCCAGCGGGAAGAUUUACUUCUGCUGGGAAUGAAGGGACGGCACGAGAAACGGGUGAUGGUGGGGCAAAUGGUGAUGCUGGUUCCGCGUACGGGAGGGGACUGCUGCCGCUGCUGCUUCUGCUGGGACUGUGGGGAUUUGCGACUGCAUGA